CUAAAUCACACAUUCCUCCAAACAUCUCAGCCACACAAAAAACCAAUCCACUCCUUUAUCAUCCAUUCUAUAAAAAAUCACUCUUUGUGUGUCUCCCCUUUGAUUCCCUUCAAACACAUACAAAAUUCAGUAGAGAAGAAACUAACUAAUCUUUGAGAUAAAAUGGCCACAGUCACUUCCACCACCGUUGCUAUUCCAUCAUUCUCAGGCCUUAAGGUUAACGCAAUCAAAGUUAAUUCCAUAGCUAAGAUUCCAACUUCAACUUCUCAAUUACCAAGGCUUUGUGUGAGAGCUUCACUCAAAGAUAUUGGAGUUGCUGUUGUUGCUACUGCUGCAAGUGCAAUGCUAGCUAGCAAUGCUAUGGCUGUUGAAGUGUUGCUUGGUGCUAGUGACGGGGGUUUGGCUUUUGUUCCAAACAAUUUCACAGUAAGUGCUGGUGACACUAUUGUAUUCAAGAACAAUGCUGGUUUUCCUCACAACGUUAUCUUCGAUGAAGACGAGAUUCCAAGUGGGGUUGAUGCAGCCAAGAUUUCCAUGCCUGAAGAAGAUCUUCUCAAUGCUCCUGGUGAGACUUACAGUGUUACUUUGGAUGCUAAGGGAACAUACAAAUUCUACUGUUCACCUCAUGCAGGAGCUGGUAUGGUUGGACAAGUCACUGUUAAUUAAAUUAAAAUGUCUUGUCACAUCUUUUUAUAAUAUGGUUCGUUUCUGUUGAUUUUGUUCUUGUAGAAGAGCUUAAUUAAUCGUUGUUGUAAUGGAAUACUAUUGUAUGAAAUGAACUGGUGUGAUGUAAUUCAUUUACUUCAGUGGAGUCAACUUUAUAAGUGAUUAAUAUGGUUUAAAUUUAAA